GUCCCGGUGGGGGCGGGGAACGUGAUGCACCUGUUGUGUGCACGGCUCGUCCCAGCUGGGCGGGGUCAGGUGUCUUUUGUUUACCUCCACCUCUCUGCUGGGUUUCAGUCGGUGUGUUAUCGUGUCUUUCUAUCAGCAGCAGAUAGAAGUGUUCAUCACAGCUGCUCUUCUGGUUAGCAGCGCAGUUAUCUGUGGUCGCAGAGAUCCUGAUGUUUGGUUUGUAGGUUUUUUGGAGGUUUGUAGUUUGACUCCUUGCUCUCCGGUCGGUGCUGAGUUUCUGUAGCCACAACAAAGAGCCAGUAUGAGAGAAGUCCACCUGAAUAAUGAGACGUGCAUGAACGGGUCGGAGGUCAGGUUGUGGUGCGGCUCUCAGGCUGCUGUGUGUGUCGUUACCGGAGAUCAAACACUCGUCCACACAUCCUUCACACACCUGAGCAAUGGCACUCAGGUGACAGCUCUUCAGACUCUCACCUACCACCAGUGGCUCGGUCUGACUCUGGCGCUGCUCUCCGCCUUCCUGAUUGGCGGCAGCGUCAUUCUUAAGAAGAAAGCUCUCCUCCGAUUGGCCGUCAGUGGAAACACCAGAGCAGGUGAUGGAGGUCAUGGCUACCUGAAGGACUGGUUGUGGUGGGGAGGCUUGUUAACCAUGGGAGCAGGUGAGGUCUGUAACUUUGCCGCCUACAUGUUUGCUCCGGCGACGCUGGUGACUCCGCUGGGCGCUCUGAGUGUCCUCAUCAGUGCAGUUCUGUCCUCCUACCUGUUGGGGGAGGUGUUGAACGUUGUGGGGAAGCUGGGUUGUCUGCUGUGCGUGCUGGGAAGCAUCCUGCUGGUUAUCCACGCGCCUCAGGAACAGGAAGUGACAUCACUACAGGACAUGACCAACAAGCUGCUGGAGCCUGGUUUCCUGGUGUACAUGUCGGCCGUGUUGGUGCUGUGUGUAGUCCUCGUUGUGUAUUUCUCUCCUCGGGUCGGCAGCUCAAACAUCCUCGUCUACAUCAGCAUCUGCUCGCUGCUCGGAGCUUUCACCGUCUCCUCUGUGAAGGGCCUCGCCAUCGCCAUCCAGACCGUGUAUUAUGAUAUUUCUGCUCGCAGUCCUCUCACCUGGAUCCUGCUGAUCACACUCAUCGUUUCCAUAGUAACACAGGUAAACUACCUGAACAAGUCUCUGGACUCCUUCAACACGCUGCUGGUCUAUCCCAUCUACUACGUGCUCUUCACCUCCGUGGUCCUCUCCACCUCCAUCAUCCUCUUCCAGGAGUGGAGCAGCAUGGCGGUCGUCGACAUCGUCACCACCGUCGGAUCCUUCCUGGUCAUCGUUGUGGGCGUGGCCAUGCUGCACCUGUUCAAAGAGCUGCAGAUGACGAUGUCGCAGCUGACCAAUCAGCUGUCUCAGCCUGUGGAGAGGGAGGAGCCUGUCGACGAGGUCUCAGCCAAUCAACAGGCCCGAGGAGAAGAGGGGGGGCGGAGGAAUAAAAAGGAGGAUAAAUACGGACUGAUGGACAACAUGGUGAUAGAGAGUCUUCCUCCGAUGAGAGAGGAAGGGCCGAGAGUCUUCAUCAUCAGCUGAGACAGGAAGGAGACGCAGAAAUCAGAGCAGAGUGAGACAUCUCUGAUUCCUCUCUGCUGACGGCCGGAGUCUGUGAAGCUGACACACACACACACACACACACACACACACACACACACACACACACACACACACACACACACACACACACACGUUAACUAUAAAAUAUCACAAUAUUGAUUUAUCGCCCGGCCCUAGUAAGUUUAUACAUAUUUUUAUUUACAGUACACUCCAGUUUUAUGAGAGGACACACACCAUUUCACUGAUGAUCGUGUGUGUGUGUGUGUGUGUGUGUGUGUGUGUGUGUGUGUGUGUGUGUGUGUGUGUGUGUGUGUGUGUGUGCAGCUGGAGACUCUUCUGUUUAUGAAGCACAGAGGAACAAAAAACAACCAAACUAAUGAGUCUAUGUGUCUGAUUGAGCUUCUUAAAGGAACAUUACACUGUUUAUAUUCAUGUUUUAGCACAAUAACAACACAUCACAUGUAAUUUACAUUAAUAAUCAUCAUCAUCAUCAUCAUCAUCAUCAUCAUCAGUGUUUUCAGAGCAUUUUUACAUCAUACUUGUGAAUCAAAGCUUUGUAUAAUCUAUAACAGAAAGUCCACUUAACUUCAUUUUUAUAAACUAACUCAGGCAGAUAAACGUAGACAUGAUUUAUAGAAAUGAUCUCAAACCAAACGCUGUAUGUUUAAUAUGCAAAGUCUGUGAUUUGAUGUUAAACUGUUUAAAGUGCAAAACACUCUGGUUCAGUUUUCUGAUUCUGUUGCAAACAAAUCUCAUGUUUUAUAUUUUCACUGCAUGUAAAUCAUUUCAAUAAAGAACUGUGAUGAAGGAU